GAAGGCGCCCAUGGCAGAGCAGGCUGGGAGUGGGAUUGUGGUUCUGUUUGUUGUGAAUGCUGUAGGUGUUAUUGUUCGCUUGCUUUAUUGUAAAAACUAGUAAAAAAACCCCUGUGAUUUCUAUAUUCAUAUGCUUUUGCCUGAGAGAACCCUAAUUUCAAAAUUAAAAUAAUUCAGAAGGACGGGGGUUACAUUUUCCAUUUCAAGGGAGGCUCCAGCCUUCACUAACACACAUUUGUCUUUCAAAACAUUUUAGCAUAAAUAUAUCUAGUCAAUAAGCAAAGCCUAAGCUGGAGUUGCUGAGCUCCAAGGAGCAAUCAGACCAUAUGCAUGUACUGAAUUUUGCAGCACUUUGGUAUUUUCUCUCAGUCAGGAGGGCAAGAAGAGAAGGAAUGAUUUAGAAAGAAACUCAAGCCAGCUCACCUGAAAAUUAACAUCAAACUGUUGAAUAAGUAGGAAGGGGGAGAUUAUGCAGUACUAAAACUCCACCCAUGACCUUGCAAAAACCUCUGGACAAACAGAGGUGCUCUCUGAACACCUGGGAAAAUUCACUCGAAAGCCUUCUUGGGAAAUAUAACAUCUGUCUCUUCCUGGAGAGCAUAUAAACCAAGAGAGUCUGAGACUGCAGCAGAGGCAUUGGAGACUCCUCUGCCACUCUGGGGCUGUGAGCAGAAUCCUGUGCCACUCCUUCUCACGGGGAGCAAGAGCCCUUCACUGAAAUCCUCCCACCAUGCUGGGGCUGCUGCUGCUGCAGGUGUUGGCCAGCUGCCUCUGGCUGGGACACGGCGAGGUGGGGAACUCCUUUGAAAAUUGUAUUCAGUUUUUCUAUGCAAACUCCACCCCAAAUGAUGCCCUGAAUCCAAAGAACCCAGCCUGGAUCUGCCAGCGGUACAACGGCUCUUAUCACUAUGCCACCCUGUACAACAGAGACGAGAGAAUACCAGUGUACUCUGCUUACAAAUACCAUCCUGUAGAAGGGAACAAUCCUCGACGAUUGUGGAUGGUUGAGCCUCAGCUCAUAGGUAAAAAUAAUUUUGAAGCUAUGGAAAUGGAAUCAGUCCUCAUAAGAAACAAUUUCACCGUAGAAGAAAUCCAAAAGAGCCAGGCUGUCAAUGCUGACUACAACAUGACUGUUUGGGACCGUGGCCAUUUGUGCCCCUGUGGCCAUAUGGAUAAUAAAGAGAGCAAGAAAGCUACCUACACCCUGACCAACGCAGUGCCCCAGAAUAAGAGUCUCAAUGAUGGCCAGUGGAAGGUCUAUGAGCGUAGAACAAUGAUCGAAAUGACCAAGGGCUGUACAACCACCUAUGUCAUCACAGGUGCUGUGCCUGGGAAAAAUUACAUGUCCAAUAAGAGGGUUAAUGUACCCAGCCACAUCUGGUCAGCUGCCUGCUGUCUGGUGGGCACAGAGCCCAGGAAGGCUUGGGGGGCCAUUGCUGAGAAUGACAAGAACGAGGUGGAGAACAUCACGCUGGGGGAGCUGGAAGAGAGGUUGACUGAGCUCUACAAGGUGAAAAAUAUUACUCUGUUCAACAAUUCCUGUCCUCGGAAAUAAGCCACACAUCCUCAAUGGAAAAGGUGCAGUGCCUUUUCUCACAUGUCACAGAAUCACAGAAUCACAGAAUGGGUUGGCUUUGAUGGGACAUAAAAGCCUUAAUGAUCAUCUCAUAUUGACCUGCCCGCCAUGAGCAGGGACACCUUCCACUACUCCAGGUUGUUCCAAGCCCUCCCCAGCCCAGCCUUGAACCCUUCCAGGGAUGGGCCAGUCAAAACAUCUCUCAGUAACUUUUACUUGUACCACAGCAUGCUCACAGUAAUUUACUUCUUUAUAAUAUCCCAUCCAACCCUGCCCUCCAUCAGUGUGAAACCAUUCCCUCUUGCCCUGUCACUCCAUACCCUGGUCCAGAGACCCUCUCCAGCCCUCUUGGAGAUCCUUGAGGUACUGCACUCUCAGCAGUCUUCUCCAGGCUGAACAUCCCCAGCUCUCUCACCCUCUCUCCAGAGCAGACAUGCUCCAGCCCUUGCAGCACCUUCAUGGCCUCCACUGGACUCCUCUCCAACAGCUUUGUAUCCUUCUUGUGCUGUGGGCCCCAGAGCUGGAGGCAGCACUGCAGGUGGGGUCUCAGCAGAGCAGAGUAGAGGGGGACAAAUGUCCUGUGCAGAGUCUGUGCUGCUUCCUUCUCUGCUGUGUUCCCAGCUCUGUCCCUCAGGCCACCUCCUCCUCUGCUCAAAGGCACAGAGACGUGGGCAGAGCCUCCAGCUGCUUUGCUUUGCUGCCCAUCUCAGGAGAGAGCUCUCAGGAACAAGUCCUCUCCUCCUUUGCUGUCCCCAGGAGUGUGCAGCUGACUUGUCCCUCACCUCCUUAGCAAGGCUGUGGCACCAGGGCUCCUCAGGUUGCCCAGAGAUCCUGUCUGGAGAUCUCCAUGUCUGGAGAUACCCAAAUGCCAACAAUACGUGAUUCUGGACAACCUGCUGAUCCUUCUGGAGCCUGGAGUCUGGAUUAGAUUGUCCUGAAAAGUCCCUCCAAAACACAACAAUUCUGUGAUUCUGUGAUCCUGGCACAUGCUUUUGCUUGCUUGCUUUGGAAACUGCACCUUGAGAGCAGCAGCUGUUGUAUCAGACAGGCAGGCUUUGGCAUCAGAGACAUAGAAAGCUUUGAGCAGCCAAAGCUGAAUUCCUGUGAUGCACUCCUUGGACACCUUCAUUCUCUGCUCUGCUUCUGAAGCUUUUCUGCAGAUUGAUGGGAAACUGAUUUGGGGAAAUGUAUUCAAUGGUUGUCAAAGACCAAUGUGUGCCACAUCAUGGAGUUUGCAAAAGGUCACAAUAAAAGUUAUUUGCUGCAGUGCUGGA